AUGUUGCCAGACUAUGUGACAAAUUGUAUCCAUAAAAUUUCCAAAUCCGAAGGUUUCAUCGAUUAUCGUAUCGAAAUGAAGGAUUCUUCAAGUCAUGGGGAUAAUUUUAUGGGUAUCAUGAUUGCAACAAAAUUGUCUGGCACACGUAGUCAAAAUGGAACAGUCCAAUACUAUGAAUUGCAUUUACUGUGCAAAAUACCACCAAUGAAUGAAAUUCGACAAAAAAAAUUCAAUUCCUCAUUAGUAUUUGAACGUGAACUUUACACGUACACGAAAAUAUUGCCAGCAUUUAAGAAGGAGUUGAAAUCGGUUUGCUUUCUUGACUUUCAACUUGUUCACCACUCGGCGCCGGUAACGGAUUUAAUGUACAAUAUAUUCACAGGAACAGAUCAUGAAUUUCGUGCUCAACAUUAUGAGACGUUGUUGAAAACAUAUUAUACAUCAUUGAGCGAAACAAUAAAAAAACUCGGAGGUGAUCCUGAUAAAUUGUACACGUAUACAAAUUUUCGCAUGCAAAUGAAAAAAUUCGGUGAUUACGCAUUGCUGUUUGGUAUACUGCUGACAUUAUUUCGAAUCGCUAAAGCAAAGGAUGUAUCGAAUUUGGACGAAUAUGCUGAAUGUCAUGAACGAAAUGACAGUGUUGAAAUGCUUGGUAAAUUUGACGAUGACACUCAAGCUGAAUUUAGUCGAUUAAUGAAUGGCCUGCUCACUGAUGUUGUCGAUUACGGUUAUGUUAAAUGCGAAUGGACUUUUUCCAUAUGCUCACCGCCCACCGAUUGA